UUUCUCCUCUCCCAACUCUCCACGGACCCUUUCUCUUGUUUGAUUACUUAAUUCAUCCUUUCUUCAUCGCACAGCUACAGAAGAACAAGAAGAUUUGAUUGAUUGCAAAGAAAACAAGGUUGGAGAUUUUUCUCUCUCUCGAGGAUGGUUUCUUUGAGUCGAGUCUUGGCUGUUUCGUACACGGUAAAGCCAUCGAUUCCCUCUAAAACUUGUUCUUUAAGCUCUAGACUUGUCCAGAAACCCAAAUUGAAUUCUAAAUGGCGAUCCAUGGCGACUGAACCCGACUCUUCUUCCUUCGCGCCUUCUGUUGAUUCUGAUUCUUCCGCUGAUAAAAUUACCGCCGGAUUUUGCAUCAUAGAAGGGCCUGAAACAGUCCAGGAUUUUGCUAAUAUGGAACUGCAAGAAAUUCAGGAUAAUAUCCGAAGCCGGCGGAACAAAAUCUUUCUCCAGAUGGAAGAGGUUCGGAGACUAAGGAUUCAACAGAGGAUUAAAAGUGCUGAACUUGGCAUUUUAAAGGAAGAACAAGAAAAUGAGCUUCCUAAUUUUCCAUCAUUCAUCCCAUUCCUUCCUCCACUGACCUCAGCAAAUCUCAAGGUUUAUUAUGCAACUUGUUAUUCUCUUAUCGCUGGGAUUAUCCUUUUUGGUGGACUUAUAGCACCCACUCUGGAGCUUAAGCUAGGACUAGGGGGCACUUCAUAUGCAGAUUUCAUCAGUAGUAUGCACCUGCCAAUGCAGUUGAGUGAGGUUGAUCCUAUAGUGGCAUCUUUCUCUGGAGGAGCAGUCGGUGUUAUCUCAGCCUUGAUGGUAGUUGAAAUAAACAAUGUUAAGCAGCAGGAGCAUAAACGAUGCAAGUAUUGUCUUGGAACAGGAUAUCUUGCUUGUGCUCGCUGCUCCAAUACCGGAUCACUUGUUCUUAUUGAACCAGUCUCAACGGUCCAUGGUGGAGACCUGCCUUUAUCAACCCCCAAAACAGAAAGAUGUUCAAACUGUUCCGGAUCUGGAAAGGUGAUGUGCCCUACAUGUCUUUGCACUGGAAUGGCAAUGGCUAGCGAACAUGACCCACGAAUUGACCCAUUUGAUUAAACUGCAGAGCUCUUGUUUGUAUCAACCACAUGGCCUUCAUAUACAAAUGUCCAACCCAAUGUCAAGGAGAAAUGAAAAACUUCAACCUCUUGUAGAUGAAUUUUGAACAACUUUAUGAAUUUAUCACGAGUAGAAUGCAUUAAAUUUU